AUUUUAUUUCAUUUCACGAUUCAAGAUACAAACCAUUCCUCGGGAACCGCCCUCACAUAUGGAAGCCUUGCUACUCAACUCUACCACGGUGUUUCUCAAAUGGAGAUCUCCAGCCUACGGAUUAAAUGGAGAAUUGCAAGGAUAUAGGGUGGAAGUGAGAACCAAUGGCACGGAUGUCGUCAAAGGGAUAAACGUGAACAAAACACCGAACCUGAUGCUAAACAACCUGACAGCAGGAGUGUCAUAUUACGUCAAAGUGGCAGCUAUGACUAAAGCUGGUGUCGGACCUUUCAACUCUGAGGCUACCUUGAGGCUUGAACCUGCCUCUAGGGUGACAGAUAAUACUAGAAGGCCUUUGGAUCGCCAUCCUUCAGGGGACUUCAUAACCGAGACGUGGUUCAUGGCGCUCCUAGUAUCCAUGGUGUCAGUGAUGGUGUUCCUAUUUGUAGCCAUGAUGCUAGUACGUAGACGCCAGUUGGCUAACGGAAAGAAGAGCUUAACUCCAAGGACAAACGGGCAUAUUUUGAAGGGAGAUGGUGCUCCAUCGCAACCUCCGCCUUUAUGGUUAGACAAAUCCACUGUUCCUGAGUACACUGCAAAUGGCGAUAGAAGCACUCCGUUGCCGGACUAUGCCAGAGCUUGUGCUGGUAUCAGAAGGGACAGUAAAACUUUGACAAAUGGUUCUGUUCCCGAGUACCACGGAAGCAUCAACUUACAAGCCAAUCCCCUGCAUCCAGAAUUUUCUCGUCCUGAUAGUCUGCACUACAGCUCAGAAAAGUACUAUCCGAUAAUGGGAAAAUACAAGGAUUACUCCUGCAUGCAAGUCCAAGAAUACGCUAGCCCGAAUUUGCAUCCAGAGAAGUCCGACGAUUAUGCAGAAGUGAAUACUUCAGGGAAUAGUGGAAACAAUGAUGGUGGGAACACUUCUCCAGCUCCUUAUGCUACGACUACUUUGGUCUCUGGUGCAAAAAAAAUCCUCUGGACAAACUUCGCCCAAUCCAGCAGCGCCUCAGCCCACGGCGCAGACGACCCCCCUUACCCCUCCCUGAACGGAGGCUACUACAACCGGAAGGUCUACUCAGACUCCUACUUUUCCCCCACUCACACGCUACGCCGACCUAAGCGAGACAGAGACAGAGCCAAUCACCAUCCUCCGGAACUGGUGUCGCCAUCUAGUGCCAACGGUAGCGUGUACGCCAGAGUAGGGCCGCCGGGUGGCGUUGCGAGCGGCUCGUGGCGAAGCGCCAAUUAUGACAGGUCGGGGAGCGUCAAUGGGGCAGCAGCACCGUCGAUGAGCAGCUUCGGGACGCCUCCACCGCCGCCUCCGAUCAGCAUUUAUCAGGGAACGCGGUCGGAAACAGGGAAUAUGCUGUAGUGGGUUUUGUAGAUCAGAAGUGGGAUAGGUAUUAUGGUUCGGCCGAAGUUAGAUGCAAAAGAAGUGGUCCUAGAUUGGACUCCAGAAACGUAUUAUAGUUGCUUUAGUAAAUCAUUGUAACUAUGUCAAUUAAUAGAAGUCUUUAUUCAAAAGUGUCGCUUUAUAACUCGGUGAUAGUGAAGCGAUACAGGGUGAAACAUCUGUGUUGUUACUAAAAUUGAAUUUCACGUUAAAAUUUGAAAAAAGGCUAUAUAAACGUAGGUACGGGAAUCGUUCAUUUCCGUAUCAGUCCACUUAGAUGUCUCGAAGACAGAACUGAGAUAUUGAGAUUUUCGGUACAUGAAAAUGCACUACCAAAGAUGAUUCAUUUUUUUGAAGCAUCAGAGUCAAUGACGUUGGUGUUGCCAAAUCUAGCGAUAAAGCCACCGUUUCUUAGAAAAAGUUAUUAUCAGUAACUGGUUUUUAUUUUCAGCCACACCAUUCUAGAUAUAAAAAUUAUUUCAUUAACCUACCGGCUACUCUCUUUUUCAUUAUUAAAACAUGGUAAUCGAUCUGGGUCGCGAACGUAACGCGAAACUCAAGAGAAUUUUGGAACGGGAUGAAAAUGGCUUUGAGAUAACGACAUUUAUUUUGUACAAACCAGUAGUAUACAUUUUUUUCUGACACCAUUAUGUAAUGUCCUACACAGGGUGCCCGGUAAAUAGUACGACAAAAAAAGAGGGACG